CCUUUCCGACCUUCUAAAUACCACAGUUUUCUCCUUCUUCAAGCUUCAGACUUUCCAUGGCUGCUAGUAGUUUUGGAGCUUCGAGUAUCAAAAUAUCUCACUUGAACUCUGGCUCCACCAGAUUAUCCGCUUUACAAACCUCUAAUGGCUUGAGAAUGUGUGUUCCAGUGAGGUAUAACAAUUUGUUAAUAUCGAGGCGGUCGGAGAAAGCAAUGAUGACAGGCCUUUGUUUGUCUAGAUCUCAAUUGGCUAAUACAAACUCAGAAGAUGAUUCUCCUGCUCCAGAAAGUGAACUCAUUCCUAGUUCAUAUGAUGUGGAAACUCUCCUCGGUGAGAUUUGCGAUACAGAAUCAAUUGCGGAGUUUGAGUUAAAACUUGGUGGGUUUCGGUUAUAUGUGAUGAGAGAUUUGAAGGAGAAAAUUGAACCGCCAUCACUACCAGUAAUAGCCACUCCUGUCACAGUAAAUAUAGUCAGUGAGGUGAAACCCGAGCCAAACGGUUCUGUCUCUUCAACUUCUUUAGCCAUCACCAAGACGACAACAACAACAACACCUUCUUCAAGUGAGAUUCAGACUCUAUUGAACACAGCUGCAGAUGAAGGAUUACUCAUACUCCCAUCUCCUAGGGUUGGAUAUUUUAGGAGAUCUCGAACUAUAAAAGGAAAACGUGCCCCACCAUCUUGCAAAGAGAAGCAAAGUGUGAAGGAGGGUCAAGUCCUAUGCUACAUUGAACAGCUUGGUGGGGAGAUCCCUAUCGAGUCCGAUGUAUCUGGAGAGAUUAUCAAGAUAUUGCGCAAGGAUGGAGAUCCUGUUGGGUACGGUGAUGCUCUUAUGGCGAUCCUGCCUUCAUUCCCGGGGAUAAAGAAACUUCAGUAGGUAGAUUCUUCUUUCGAUUGUCAGAUUACAAUACAAACAUUCAUAGUCUCAAGAUUUGACUGAAGAAUAGUUUUUUUUCAAAGAUUUGUUGGGAUCGAAAUAGAUCAAAUUGUUUGUUUUCAAUUGGGCUACAAUCUCCUAUAAUGAUAUCUUUUUAUUGUACAA